AUGCAAACAAUCAUCUACCACCCCACCUAUACCCAAUCCAUCCCCCCAGGCAUGGCAACAGGAAGCACCCUCCACAGCCACGGCCACUGGAUGCCCGAGAACAUGCACCUCCGCCGCGCCUGGCUCUCGCACCUCCUCGACAAGACCAAAGCCGAGAUCCCCCCCAAACUCGGCGCCUCCCCCAACCCAGUCAAAGCCUUCCAAGAGCUGAUCGAGAACGACUCCACCCUCUACAUGCUCGCCAUCUCCAUGUUCGACGAGAUCCCCCAAAAGGCACCCUACGACAGGGACCCCACCACCCUCAAGAAACAGGUCCGCAGCUACAAAACCAUGCUCUACCUCUUCUCCACCCUCCUCACCCAAGUGCCCGAGUACUUCCUCAACGACAACGAAGCCGGCGAAGACGCCAACAUCCCCAGCGGCCUCAUCGGCUUCCCCUUCAACAUCAUCCUCGACUGGCCCAUGGGCACCCCCAGCGGGCGACAAUUCUUCCUCGACCCGCGCGUCAACUCCCACCUCAAAGAGAUCCUCUCCUACUGGAACGCCUUCCUCCAAGAUCCCAAUGCAGGAACCUCCGAUCCCGCCGGAGGCAACAAAGCCCUAACCGCCGCAGGCUGGAGCUCCCAGAAGGCCAUCGCCCAACUCGAACACAAAGCCAACCAGUCCAACCCCCCCGGCAUGCCCAACAAACCCUUCACCGACCUCUUCGAGCACCCCGCCGGCGGCACCCCCCAAAACUUCUUCAACUACCCGCACUGGGACGCCUUCUUCACCCGCAAAUUCAAACCCGGUAUUCGCCCCGUCGACGACGCCGCCGUCGUCAACGCCUGCGAAUCCUUUCCCCUCGCCUUCGACACGGACAUCUCCCGCCGCUCGACCUUCUGGCUUAAAGACGCCCCGUACUCCCUCUUCGAUAUGCUCGGCGCCACGCACGACCCCCACGUCAAGACCUACGUUAACAGCUUCAUCGGCGGAGCAGUCUACCAGGCCUUCCUCAGCGCAGACUCCUACCACUGCUGGAACGCCCCCGUCACCGGGAAAGUCAUCUACCGCAACGUCUUCCCAGGCACAUACUACGCCGAAACGCCCGCAUCUGGUUUCGGCGGGUCGAGCGGGCCAGACCCCGCCGGCCCGGACCUAUCCCAGCGGUAUAUCACGCAUAUCGCGGCGCGGGGCGUCCUCGUCAUCGAUACGGAUAGAGAGUACGGUGGAGCGGGGAUAGGGCUUGUGGCUUUUGUGCCUGUCGGGAUGUCGGAGGUGUCGACUUGUGAGUGGGAGAUGCCGGGGACGGAUGUUGGGGGCGUGGUGAAGAAGGGGGAUGUGGUUGGGGCGUUUCAUGGGGGUGGGUCGACGCAUUGUUUGGUUUUUGAGAGGGAGGCGGUUGGGCAGUUGGCGUUUAACUCGAGGGCGGAGUUUCCGGAGACGGCGACGGUGAAUUUGGGGGUUGGUUCUUGUUUGGCGAAGAAGGCUUGGGAUUGGGCUUAG